AUGGAAGAUUUUGCCUAUGUGGACAAAAAUGUUUAUAUAAAUCUUCUCGUGACCAUUAUAAAUAAAUGCAAAGAAUACCUUCUAGGGGUAGGGAUUUUUAAGCUGCUCUUUUGCUUGUGCAUAGUGGUCAUUAGUAUCAUCUUUGCUCGUCGUAAAAACAAAAAGAAGAAAAAGGUCAACAUAUAUAUACAGAUAAAUAAUGUGCGCCACGGAAACGGUAAGAAGACAGCCCAACUAGCGGAAGACCAGAAAUGUUGCGCGGGCAAUGAAGAUGCACAAAUAGUGGAACCCGCAGAUGUAGAACCAAUGAAUAACAAAUUUUAUCACAUAACAUACAGCCCACAUAUAUUUGACCUAAAAAGUAUCAACAGUACCGAAUUGUGCAACGUAUGCAAUGAAAGCAUCUACUCGUUCAUUUUUUACAAAAAAGACAUUUUCGAAUGCGUGGUUUGCAGAAAUAAGUGCCACAUAGAAUGUGCCCCCAACUCCAACUUGAUGAGCUGCAAAACGACUGUGUUUUUUAAAAACAAACACAAGUUUAUAAGAAUUAGGAACUGCAUGUGGAAUAAUAAAUGCAACAUUUGCAGUAAAAAAUUCUCCUACUUCUCCUUUCCCCCGUUUGGCAAACAGUACAUAUAUAAAUGCAUUUGGUGCAACAAAUAUUUUCAUGUCCGCUGUAUAGCCAAAGUUGCAAAGAAAAAAAAACAAACACAUGAUAAAAAAAAACAAGUCAAGGAUGCAAUUUGUACCUAUGGAAAUAACAAGUAUGUGCUUCUCCCGUAUGAAGUUGCUAUUAAAGAAAACGUCCUUCUAGACUUUUUGACGAAUGCCUACCACCGUGUGGACGAGGCAGGAGUGGGCAAGGAUGGGGUGCUACUCAGCUACACCGCCCAUGCGUUGGAUAAAACACCGCACGAUGAUGAAACGGGUGAACUUAACAAAUGCGAAAGAAACGAAAAAGAGAAGAAACUGGAACACGCAAAAGGAGGAAACUCAUCCCCUCUUGGCAACAACACACCAGAUGAACAACUCUGCCUGGAUUAUGUGAACCACUUCUCCAUGUUCCACAAAAUGAGAAAAUUCAAAUCAUUCCCCAAUUGUUCAAAAGCAAAAAAUAAUAUAAUCCCGGUGCAUGAAAACUUUCUUCUGAAUUUCUUCCCCAUUCAUUUGCCAAUCUAUGAAAUAAAAAGUAGUAGAAAAUUUCUCCUCAUUUUUCUAAAUGUAAAAAGUGGAGGACAAGUUGGAAAAAAACUCUACCAAGAAUUGCUCAUGUAUUUUAACCCCCUACAAAUCAUAAGUAUAAAAAGUGAAAAAAAUGUUUUAAAUGCCCUCAACAUGUAUAAGGAAAUGAUUUGCCUGAACAGAGUAAUUAUUCUUCUCUGUGGAGGAGACGGAACCAUAAGCAUCUUCAUCGACACGUUAUUAAAAUUUUUUGCAAAUGAAGUUGCCAUGGGUGCUCUUCAAGGAAAGAACAAGGGAAAAUACAACAAACUCUACUAUGGGAAUGAUAAAAAAAAUGAUCAGAUUAUCUCCACGAAAAAUACAUUCCUAAAUAAAACCAUCAUGAACAUUACGGCAAAGUUGAAGCACAAUAAAGACGCACUUAGGAAGAAGUGGACAAAUAACAUUACCGCGCAAGCGAAAAAACCCACCACCUUUUUUCUAAAAAAAAGGAGUGAGAAGAAUGCAAAUCAUUGCGGUGACCAUGACGGUGACGAUGAUGAUGCAGGGAACAUAAGUGAGGAGAAAGCGGAAACGUACUUUGGGAAUGACUCCUGCACGGCACACGUGUGGGGAGAAAAUCAAAGUGAUCAAUUAGCGCCGAAGCUGACGUCCAAGGUGAAAGGCGCAUUUACAGGCGGUAGAUGCAUCGACGAUCCUGCCGCUUUGAACGGCGAAUUGAAGGGUGAGUUAAUUAGCCAAUUAAGUGACAAUUUUAGUGGUGACUUAAUUGACGACCUGCGGCAACACCUGAGUAGUGAUCUGAGUAACGAUCUGAGUAACGAUCUGAAUGUCGAGACCAACGGCUGGAUCGCGGGGCGAAGUAGCCCCAAGGACCUGGCCAAAAGGGGAACCGAAGCUAAGUGCGGAAACGGGAAGUACCUGUACAUCCUGGAAAAACUGAGGAACUUCAAAAAAAAAGGCGCAGAAAAGGAUGACGACGGAGGAAAUGCAGACGGACUCUGCGAAGACGAAGCAUACAAGGGAAGCACAGUGAAGAGCUUCCAAAACGGAAACUCCAUGUUGGACAAGUAUUCUAAUAGCAACACACUCAUAUAUAGUAAUUGCACAGAGAAUAAUGAAGACCCCUAUUUUCAAUCCCGGAAGGGAAAGGAGAAUGAAAAAAUGUACGACAAUAUUCUUUACCAUGAUUACAAAGAAAAGUCCACCUGUUAUUUACCAAUGGGAACCAAAUUAAAUGAAAAUUCGCCGUCGUACUGUCAGGAGGCCAAUGGGGCAAACCCAAGUGAUGAACCGGACGGUUCGUUGGGGGCAAACCCCCAAAACAAGGCAGACAAUAAGCAGCACUGUUAUAAUGGCACCAGUUUGAACUGCAGUAAUGGGAAUUCACUUCACAGCGGCAACGCUGACUGUGAUGUGACACCCCACCAAGGGGGAUACCAAGGUAAUUACCAGGAUGAUUGCCAAGGGGGCGUAAACGGGAAGACAUCCCUGACAGAUGGACUCCCCAACGUGGACGCAGUAGAUCCAAAUCGAAGUGAUGAAGAUGUCAUCUUCCAAAUGGAUAAUGGUUACAAAGUUAUACACACAAAGGAAAAAAAAAAAAUCCCCCAAUGUGACGACCACCCCUCUUGUGAAGAAAAGGAAAUUACAAAUAACGCUAUCAAAGGGGAAGAUAAAGCAAAGAGAUCGAACAAAAGUUCUCUCGAAUCUUACAUAGCGUGUGCACCUAUAGGUAUCCUCCCCCUAGGCACAGGAAACGAUUUAAGCUACAGUCUAGGAUGGGGGUGCGGGUACAAUAACGACCCAUUAGCCUACUUAAACAGAAUAAAGAGCGCAAAAAAUAAAUACAUAGAUGUAUGGAACAUGAAAGCAUAUGACCUAAACAAUAAUAUCAUUUUAAAUAAUAGCUUUAUAAAUUAUUUCGACUUUGGAGUCAUCUCCAGAUUAGCUCUCCACUUUGAUAACAUCAGGAAAAAGUUCCCCCAUUUUUUUAAUAGCAGAAUUGGAAAUAAAAUACUCUACGGAGAAGUAGGCUUUAGAGACUUCUGCUUCAAUACAUACAAAUAUAAGUUAAACCAAAAUAUAAAAUUGUACUGUGAUGGGAAGAAGGUCAAAAUUGAUGAGGACAUAGAAAGUGUGUGUUUGAUAAACAUUCCCUACUUUCUUGGGGGAGUCAAAAUAUGGAAGGAUGACGAUGAUAAUGAUAAGGGUAAACAGUACCAUUCGGACAUGGAUAGGCAGAAACAGGAACAACAUGUGAAAAGGAGGAAGACAAGUAAGAAGGAAAUGAAGGAAGAAGUGGAUGGAAACAAAUCAACAAACAGCUCCAGCAAUAGCAGCUUUAUUGGCUGCUCAAUGAAUGAUAAUUUGGAAAAUAAAAAUAACGGAGGAAUUCCUUCCAACAGUUUCGGGGGGGAAAAAAGUACGAACCACCCUCUUGAUGAUCAUAAAAAAAUGGCCAUGGCGGAAUUUAUAAAAAGUGCUGCUUUAAAACAUUCGAAUGGGGAAAAUGUCAACCCGUCGGAGUUUUUCCAAAAUGAAAAAACAAAUGGCAUUACACCAGAUUCACACAGUGAAGGAGUGAAUAAUCCACAACGACAGGAGAAUCCUUCCCCCCCCACGAAUGACCAACCGUUCGACUAUAGCAACAUAUACAAAUCGUACAGACUGGACUUUUACAGACAAAAGAAACGGAAGCACAAGUACCGAAAGCAGAAGAUGGACGACAAAGUCAUUGAAGUUAUUGGGUUUCGUAAUAUGUUCCACAUUCUUCAGGUGCAGAUCGGCAUGUCUAGUGCCAUUAAACUCUGCCAGGGAAGUGACAUCAAGGUCAAGAUUGACAAAACGUUUAUUCAGAAUAAAAAUAAAAUUUACUUCCAGUACGAUGGAGAGCCCGGCUUUCUCAACAUCCAUAAGUUGCAUUUCACUCAUAAGUAA